AUGCCUGUGCUUGGCCCGGAGAGGAGGCUGCUGGCUUCCCUCAGCUCCGCGCCCCCAGCCGCCCCCCGCCUCGGGCUGGCCGCCAACCAGACCAACCAGACGGGCCCCCAGUGCCUGGAGGUGUCCAUUCCCGACGGGCUCUUCCUCAGCCUGGGGCUGGUGAGCCUCGUGGAGAACGUGCUGGUGGUGGCCGCCAUCGCCAAGAACCGCAACCUGCACUCGCCCAUGUACUACUUCGUCUGCUGCCUGGCCGUGUCGGACCUGCUGGUGAGCGUGAGCAACGUGCUGGAGACGGCCGUGCUGCUGCUGCUGGAGGCGGGCGCCCUGGCCGCCCAGGCCGCCGUGGUGCAGCAGCUGGACAAUGUCAUGGACGUGCUCAUCUGCGGCUCCAUGGUGUCCAGCCUCUGCUUCCUGGGCGCCAUCGCCGUGGACCGCUACGUGUCCAUCUUCUACGCGCUGCGCUACCACAGCAUCGUGACGCUGCCCCGCGUGGGGCGGGCCAUCGCGGCCAUCUGGGCGGGCAGCGUGCUCUCCAGCACCCUCUUCAUCGCCUACUACCACCACACGGCCGUCCUGCUGGGCCUCGUCAGCUUCUUCGUGGCCAUGCUGGCGCUCAUGGCGGUACUGUACGUCCACAUGCUGGCCCGGGCCUGCCAGCACGGCCGGCACAUCGCCCGGCUCCACAAGACGCAGCACCCCACCCGCCAGGGCUGCGGCCUCAAGGGCACGGCCACCCUCACCAUCCUGCUGGGCGUCUUCCUCCUCUGCUGGGCACCCUUCUUCCUGCACCUCUCCCUCGUCGUCCUCUGCCCCCAGCACCCCACCUGCGGCUGCGUCUUCAAGAACGUCAACCUCUUUCUGGCCCUCGUCAUCUGCAACUCCAUCGUGGACCCCCUCAUCUACGCCUUCCGCAGCCAGGAGCUCCGCAAGACCCUCCAGGAGGUGCUGCAGUGCUCCUGGUGA